AUGGAGAAGCUGGAAGGGUACGUGGGUGGUUCACGGCGAGAGCUGUCGGGGGUGAAGGAACUGGUGACCUCGAGGCGGGUGCAGAAGAAUCGGCCGUCGGGGAUCGCGAGGUCGGAUGGCGGCUGCAUCGGGGGCGUCAGUCCAGGAAGCGGUGGCGGUGGCGGUGGUGGCGGCUGCAGCGGCGGGAACGACGCCUUGGCGGAGCUCACAAUCGAGGAGCUGGCUUCCAUUCCCGCCGGAAAUCACACCUCCGCCAAUCACACGGGACAUCCCUCUCAUCACAAGAGAGUGCCAGGCGGAGGGGGUGUGAUUGUGGGGGGUGGCGGAGGAUCGGCCACCCCCCAAGGGGCGCAGCAGAGUAACAGUCACAACCUGGUGUACCGCGUGGUGGGCUCGCGUGGGCACCCCGGUCACCAUCCACAUGUGAAGAAGUCCGACAGCUCUCAGCAGACCGAGAGCUCGGCCUUCAAGCAUCAGCAACAUCAGCAGCAUCAGCAACAUCAGCAACAUCAGCAACAUCAGCAGCAGCAGCAGCAGCAGCAGCAGCAACAGCAGCAGAGCUCAAACAGCUCUGGCAGCAGUAUUAGCUCCAACAGCCAGCAAUGGAAGAAGUACAUCGAAGCGGGCGCCGCAAGAGAGAGAGACAAGGAGGGUGCACCACCCAGUCCUAGUCCCUCUAGAAGAUCGCAGGAUAAACAUCGGAAACAGACCAUGGCUGAAUAUGCAAAUGGCGAGAAACCGCAAAAAGUUUCGUCGGGCACAUCAACCAGUAACAGUAGCAAAGUCCGUGGGGUACCGCAAAGCUUUGGCUACGUUAAGAGACACAGUGCGGGCACUAGUUCGAGUCCCAAUGGCGUCCAAAAUGGCAGCAAAGAUGCUACUAGAACAGCCCAAGUUAGCGCUGUGCCGAGGACUAAGGUCAAGGUAUCUGGUGGUACACAGACGUGCACUACGGAAUUGCAAGCAAAUUCCUCGGGAUCAAAUCAGGGUCAUCACUACAAGAGUUACAGCCUCACUGGACCCAGUGCUAGUCAACUCUCGCAGUCAGUCCGAGAUCGUCUUAUGCUGGGCUCACAGAGCCUGCCGAAACCCGGUAGUCCAGAAUUCACCGCUCUUUUUGCGUCUGCCCAUCAUCGCGAAAGAGGAGCUGGCGUUGGACCAGCGAACGCGUCAUUUUCGCCCCGGGUAUUGAAACCAUCUGACGGCAGUCUCAGUGACACAUGCAGUAAUUAUGCUGCACCUGAUCUUCAGGGUUACUACGGCACACCCAACAGCCCCUAUACUACUUCGUGGAUGAGACACAGCAACACCUAUACACCCAGCGGACGAUCUCAAGGAAUGGGUUUGUGCGAAGCUGAUAGCGUGGAAUCAUUGGGCUCGCAUCGUGCGAGCUUGACGCACGCCCGUCUCCUGAUGCACCAGAGAGAUUCUACAGGAUCUCCGGCGCCGCCCAGAUUGAACAGGAGUAACUCCAUCAGGUCUACUAAGAGCGAGAAGAUGUAUCCGUCGAUGUUGGCACGCGGAAGCGGCGCUUCAUCGUCGGUGGGCGAGGAGGUUGGGAUGGGUAUGGGGGUCGGAGUCGAGCCGUAUUACAGCGUUCCUGUGGGAUCGGCGGGGUGCACCGGCCAGCAUUGGUCCCAGCCGACGUCGCCGACACCCACCCACACCUCACGGCAGCCCCCAAACUUGUACCAGCACGUACACAAGGAUGAUGACAUUCACGGUUCUUCGGUAUCUUUGGUAUCCACUGCGAGUAGUCUUUACAGCUCAGCCGAAGAAAAGCAGGCGCACGAAUUGAGAAAAUUGCGUCGCGAACUACUGGACGCUCAGGAGAAGGUGCAUUCGUUAACUAGUCAGCUUUCCACAAACUGGGCCCAUGAGCCAGUCUCUAAUAGCUUUGAACCUCCGGAACCUGUUGCGAUGAUCCAGAUGGCACGCAUUCUCUAUCAACAAAGCCAUUAA